CUUCUAGGACGCCCGGCGCCGGGGCGGGGGCGCUGCUGGAGGAGGAGGGGUUGAGCAGCUUCCGCCCCCUCAGCGGUCCUCCUUCCAAUACGUUCCCCGCCCCGCCCGUUUCUCCACCCUCGGCGGCCGCCUCCCGAGCUGUCGGUUCCUCCCCGGCCACUGAGGGCAGAGAGGCCAGUGCAUGUGCGGCAACAUUAUGUCCGCUCCGCUCCCAGCUAUCGUCCCGGCCGCCAGGAAAGCCACUGCUGCGGUUAUAUUUCUUCACGGAUUAGGAGAUACUGGGCAUGGAUGGGCAGAAGCAUUUGCUGGUAUCAGAAGCCCACACAUAAAGUAUAUUUGUCCACAUGCGCCAGUUAUGCCGGUUUCUCUAAACAUGAAUAUGGCUAUGCCUUCUUGGUUUGAUAUCAUUGGACUUGCUCCAGAUUCACAGGAAGAUGAAGCUGGGAUCAAGCAAGCAUCAGAGAAUGUGAAAGCAAUUAUAGAGCAAGAAGUAAGGAAUGGAAUACCCUCAAACAGAAUAAUUUUGGGAGGAUUUUCUCAGGGAGGAGCUUUAUCACUGUACACCGCUCUCACAACACAUCAAAAAUUAGCGGGUGUUGUAGCACUCAGCUGUUGGCUUCCACUGCGGACUUCAUUUCCACAGGGUCCCAUCAGCUGUGUCAACAAAGACAUUCCUAUUCUUCAGUGCCAUGGUGAUGGUGAUCCUUUAGUACCAUUACUAUUUGGCUCUGUCACUUCCGAGACGCUGAAGGCUAUGAUAAAUCCUGCCAAUGUAACUUUCAAAACCUAUUCGGGCAUGAUGCAUAGUUCAUGUAUUGAGGAGAUGAUGGAUGUGAAACAGUUUAUUGACAAGCAACUACCUCCAGUUGACUGAGACUGUGUAAGAAGCCUACUGUUAAAUGCACCAGCAUCAUCUGUACUAGUUUGUUUCUUUUCAUGCAGACAUUUCUAAAGCAUCUCUGCCUACGGUGUUAACUGUAUUGCAAAAGGUAGCAUAAUGUCAUGAAAAAUAAUUCUCUUUUCAAACUUUACUGGUCAUGAUAUAGAUAUACAGCAGAGGAAAGGCUUGUUCGAAUAUAAGUCAGGCUACUCCUCCAUGCUAGAUUGCUCCAAAUUUGAAGUUGUCUGUUGAAAGCCAAGGACUACUUCUUUUAAAUAAUUGUUUAAAUGAGAACAAUUUAAGUACAAGAUCUCUUAUUACUGCUUGCUAAGUCAAUGCUUAAAUAUCCACACUAUAUGCAAUAUGCAAAACACAAUAAGCAUGCAGUAGUAAAGUAUUCUUAAUGUAAGGGUCAGUUUUAACCAAUCUUAUUGCAUGUGCCAGCAAGAACUAUUGUCCAAUCUUUAAAUUAUCCUUAUGCCUUGCUGAAAUAUAGUAUUAUCUCUUAUAUGUAUACAUCAGGCUACUCAGAAAUCUGGGACAAGUAUUGAAUCUCUAUGAGUGAGAAUGGAUUCUCGCUCAGCUACUCAUUUUAAAAUGAAAUUGCAGAACACUGAAUAAAGCAUUUUGUACAAAAUAUUGCAUAAACUAAAAAUCCAGUACCUCGGCUUACGAAUGCCUCAAUUAACGUAAUUUUCGGUUUACGAAUGGAAUCCAUAUAAAAUAAUGCCUCGGUUUACUUCUUAUGUUUGUUUUUUUCU